ACUUCACAUUUUAAAAAAUACUACAUGGAGGGGCGCCUGGGUGGCUCAGUCAUUAAGCGUCUGCCUUCGGCUCAGGUCAUGAUCCCAGAGUCCUGGGAUCGAGCCCGGCGUCGGGCUUCCUGCUCAGCGGGAAGCCUGCUUCUCCCUCUCUCUCUGCCCCUGCUUGUGUUCCCUCCCUCGAUGUCUCUCUCUCUCUGUCAAAUAAACAAAAUAAAAUAAAAAAUACUACAUGGAAAACAUGGUAAUUCUUCAGGCACAAUAAAGUCUGGAAGUUAGAAGAGGAGCGGUGAACAGCUAGCUCUUUUUUGAAGACUGGAAUGUGGCUGUCCCUCGCGUGCCUUACAUAGCCCUGCAGGGCACUCGGGAUGUCUCCCUGGCUUUGGUUGAGGCGUCCCCGGAUCCGGAGAGACGCCGCCUUUGUACUGCUUGGAGUAGAUCACUGUGGGUUCGUAGCUAUGAUGGUGUGAGAUUCACUUUCUUCUGUAAUACAUACAGCUCUCCUGCCAUUCCCCGCCAACCCUCAGGUUGCACUGUAGGGACAGGGACGCAAGAGCCCAGGGGACCAGACACAAAACACCGGAGAAGCAACCAGGUAGACCAACUGGGGUGGGAUGGGGUGGCCUCCAGAGUGGGAAGGAACGGUGAAUUCAGCCCUAGAGACCCGAAAGGCGCCCCGAGAUACCGGCUUCUGGUGGGAUUAGGGUGUCUCAGUGAAGCUUUGGGCAGCAAUGACACUACCGUCUUUUGCAGGGGCCCUGGAGUGGUAGCUCAGAAACCGGGGCGGUGUGGGGAUGUCCGGGAAUCCCGACCCCGGGUGUCCCUUGUAGGUGUUUGCAAUGCAAGGCAGGCAUCGAAGACCUCCAUUUCCCUGGAAACUGAAACAGAGUAAAGAGGACAAACCCUAAACCCCAGCCCUUCAACCCUGGAGUGCCGAGAGGGGAAGGGCACCUCCAGCCUCGAGGGUGGGGACGCCAGAGAGCCCGCGUCAGCCCAGGGCGCGGGGGUCGCCCACCCGCGGAGCCGCGUUGCACAGCCGGGAACUUCUGGCGCGAAACGGCAGGCCCCGCCCGAGGCUCUGCCACUCCCUACUCCUAGCCCCCGGGUGAGCGUGCCGCGGCCCACCGCCUCCAAUCAUGACUUCGCUCCGAGCGUUUUAAAUAUGCAUGGGCGCGUCACGUUGUAGGAAUCGGGAUCGGUCCACAGGGAGCGGGCCGAUAUCUAUAUAAAUGUGGCCAGGGUGGGCCGAGUAGAGAGGGAGGUGGGGCGGGGGUCUACAGCCCCGGUGAUCGCAGCCCUCGUUGGCAACACCGGUGAGUUGCUCCUCUCUUUGCUCGCCUUUGCCGCUUCUAUCAAAGGAGUGCUGACCCGGGGACGAGGUGGGAGGUGCGCGCGGAUGCCGGGAGGGAGCGGUCCCGAGGCAGCCGGCGCCCCGGCCAGGGACUGGCAUUUGGGCCCAGAAGCCGUCGGGCUAGAGGAAGGCACAUUCCCUCGGGGCGUGUGGUCGCAGCCGCCUUCUACUAUACCAGUCUGCUUCUAGAGCGACGUCCUUUUUUCCAGACCAUAAAUCUCGGUUUGGGCCCGCAAGUCCCAGGCCCUUUCCGGACCGAACAGGUGAGCACUGCGCGCUCCCAGCGCCUCAGCUCUCGCGCCCCCGGCGCUCCGAGCCGCCAGAUCCCCGCAGGCUCGCCAUGUUCCCCUGGGGGCUGAGCUGCAUGUCGGUGCUGGGGGCCGCGGGCACCGCUCUCCUGGGCGCCGGCCUGCUGCUCAGCCUGGCCCAGCACCUCUGGACGCUCCGCUGGACGCUGAGCCGGGACCGGGCCUCCGCCCUGCCCCUGCCCAAGGGCUCCAUGGGCUGGCCCUUCUUCGGCGAAACGCUGCACUGGCUAGUUCAGGGCUCCCGCUUCCACAGCUCCCGCCGGGAGCGCUACGGGACAGUGUUCAAGACGCACCUGCUGGGCCGGCCGGUGAUCCGCGUGAGCGGCGCCGAGAACGUGCGCACAAUCCUUCUGGGCGAGCACCGCCUUGUGCGCAGCCAGUGGCCGCAGAGCGCGCACAUCCUACUGGGCUCGCACACGCUGCUUGGCGCGGUUGGGGAGCCGCACCGGCAGCGGCGCAAGGUCCUGGCGCGUGUGUUUAGCCGCGGGGCUCUGCAGCGCUUCGUGCCCCGCCUGCAAGGGGCGCUGCGGCGCGAGGUGCGCGCCUGGUGCGCGGCCCGCCGGCCCGUUGCUGUCUACCAGGCUGCCAAGGCACUCACCUUUCGCAUGGCUGCGCGCAUCCUACUGGGGCUACGGCUGGACGAGGUACAGUGCGCCGAGCUGGCCCGGACCUUCGAGCAGUUCGUAGAGAACCUCUUCUCGCUGCCCCUGGACGUUCCCUUCAGCGGCCUGCGCAAGGGCAUCCGGGCACGAGAUCAGCUGCAUCGGUACCUGGAGGAGGCUAUUGCAGAAAAGCUUCAUGAAGACAAGGCUGCAGAGCCGGGUGAUGCCCUCGACAUGAUUAUCCUCAGCACUAGGGAGCUGGGCCAGGAGCUCUCAGUGCAGGAGCUGAAGGAGACGGCUGUGGAGCUCCUCUUCGCCGCCUUCCUCACCACGGCCAGUGCCAGCACGUCCCUCGUCCUGCUGCUCCUGCAGCACCCGGCGGCCGUCGCCAAGAUCCGGCAGGAGCUGGCGGCGCAGGGGCUGGGGCGCGCGUGCGGCUGCGCGGCGGGGGCCGCGGGGGGCGGCGCGGGGCCCCGGCCGGACUGCGGCUGCGAGCCCGACCUCAGCCUCGCGGCGCUGGGCCGUCUGCGCUACAUCGACUGCGUGGUCAAGGAGGUGCUGCGCCUCCUGCCGCCGGUGUCCGGGGGCUACCGCACCGCGCUGCGCACCUUCGAGCUCGACGGCUACCAGAUCCCCAAGGGCUGGAGCGUGAUGUAUAGCAUCCGGGACACGCACGAGACGGCCGCGGUGUACCGCAGCCCGCCCGAGGGCUUCGACCCGGAGCGCUUCGGCGCGGCGGGGGAGGAUGCGCGGGGCGCCUCCGGCCGCUUCCAUUACAUCCCCUUCGGCGGCGGAGCGCGCAGCUGUCUCGGCCAGGAGCUGGCACAGGCGGUGCUCCAGCUGCUGGCGGUGGAGCUGGUGCGCACGGCGCGCUGGGAACUGGCCACGCCUGCCUUCCCCGCCAUGCAGACCGUGCCCAUCGUGCACCCGGCGGACGGGCUGCGGCUUUUCUUCCACCCGCUCGCGCCUUCGGCAGCGCGAGAUGGGCUACGCCUCUGACCCGCUGCGCUUCGAGACAGGACUUGGCCAGUGGCGGAGGCGCGCUGUCAGCGCCGCCCAUCUGCGGUUUCUUAGUGCCGGGUCGGGCGCUCGUUCAACAAACGGUCACCGAAUGCAGCUCUGUGCCAGACUUCGAGGGAGGAGGAGCGCGGGCCGGAGCCACGGCGCCCUGGAGAAGCGCCCAGGCCGGCGGGAAGGUGCCUCCUGCGCUCUGCGCCGCGAGGAAGGAAGGGUCGUGAGCCUAGCCUCUUAAGCCUUUCCCAGUAUCUCCAGGCAGAGAUGAAGGGAACAGAUCUUCACCAGGAGUUGCGGGGCCUCGCCCUCCGGCGCCAAGCCCGGGAGGUUGCCUGGAUCUUGGGGUGGCGGGGAGGAUUGCUAGGGCAGGAUUGGACGGCGCCAGAGACCCAGCGGACGCGGCUGGACCUGCAACCCUUAGGAGGAAGCGUAUCUCCGGCCUGGCCUUGGGCCAUAGUAAGACACACCGAGAAGGCGCCCAGCGGAAGGCCCUCAGGCAGCUGACCUCGGCUUGGUGCGCUGAGGCCACUCUGCUGGUCUCAGUCUCGGCGGAAACUCAGAACUCUGGGCGCUUCCAGGGUUCUAAAUGGCUCAACAUCACUGAUUCUGCUGGCGACUUCGUAAAAGAAAAAUUCCUACUUCAAGAACGCGUUUAAUCUUCCCAUAUAUACAGGGGAGAAUGGGCACGGAGAGAUGUCUCUAAGGUUGGAUUAUUUUCAUGGGAGGUUGAGACAUAAUCAGAGAGGUUUGGGAUAUUUCUACCCAAAACAGGAAGGCCAAGAAAAAAGUUUCCUGGCAGCAGUUGAGUGAGGAGGCUAGGGCUUAGCUGGGCAGCUGCUCCCUGGUGGGAAGGUGUGGGGUAGGGGUUGGAGGAUACCCAGGAACCCCCCCCCCCAAGAGUAUGCCAGAACUUUCCUCCUGAGCAGAUCCCAAAAGCUGGGCUGAGAAUUAUGCCUGUGAUAGUUGGCUGCAGAACCCUUCCAGUUUACUACCUCCACCUACGCCACUGCAUAGGAGAAACAGGCAGAAGACUCCCCUGAAGAGCUAGCAAUGGGCUCCUGGACUCCUUGGCCAGUGCUGUCCUCCACCUCAUCACUUACUCCCUGCUCCAGCCUCUGGGCCUGUGGCCACUAUGUAGGGCUCAGCCCUUUGUCCUUUCAUGGUGAUCCCUAGGUUGGCUUAAGGGCUCCAACACAGAGGUUUCCACCAGGGUUUAAAUCAAAGCCAAGAGCCUCCAGCGUCACCAUUCCCAACAGCCCAGUGCAACCUGCCACCCAUCUUCAGACUGGUCAGCUGGACAUGAUGGGUGAGCCAGGGAAGUUGCCGCCCAGGCCCGGAGCUGACCCCUUAGUGAACCAGAAGGAAGCUGGUGCCCUCCUGACCUUAUGCUUAAGGUGGAUCCCCGGGGCCAGAGGGAAAGGGGGAAGCAGCAGGCGCACGCAGGGUCGGUAGCUCAAGAGCUCAGCGGGCCCUUCCGAGCUCGGCUGACACUGCCAUAACCCCCAUCCAGGGCAAUUCAUCACCCACUGCUGACCACAGACCCGGCGCCAGGCCCUGGGCUUGGCAGGCACUGGAGCCAGCAAAAGUGGCAGAGUUGGAGCCUGCCCUCAGGGCGCUCCUGAGGCUGCAGAGACCACA